AUGGCUGCCGCUUCCCCAGUACUGCCAUAUCCUAUCAACUUUCUUCCCGACUCGAUCAACAGUCCUGGCUACCUUCACCCCCGGAUCAGCCACCCAAACAUGAUGCCGAACCUCGGUGGCCAGCCGAGUGUUGCUCAUACGUUCGAUUCAUCCAACAACUGCCCCAAGUCAACUCUGCCAGUGUCUUCUCCCUUUGUUGCGUCCAAACCACCGGGAUCAGGCAAGCGUUGUAGGGAGCCGGUUGACCAAAAGGACCAGGCAUACGAUUCGCCGUUUCCAGAGGAGGAUGGACGGAAAAAGAGGUCAAGAGGUAGACCGAGACUCGACACCAAGGAUGAAACUGCUGCCGAUCGUCGACGGACGCAAAUCCGCCUCGCGCAGCGUGCCUAUCGUCAUCGCAAAGACACGGCCAUCACCACCCUGGAGCAACGUGUCAAGGAGUUGGAGCAAGCCAAUGAUGACAUGAGCAAGGAGUUCAAUGAUUUCUACGCUCUCCUCAUAUCGGAGCGUAUCCUCGACGCGGCCCCGCACGCCCUCCCGCGACUCUCUACCCUUGCUAACAAGAUCCUCAUCGCUGCUGAAAAAGCACAAGCCAGCAGGGGCGACGGCAGCUCAUCCGAAGACUGCGACGAAAACAUGGAGUCUGGUGUUUACGGAAACCAAAACCAAAUGCUUCACCACACCCAGCCCUCUGCCCCGCCCGCUUCAACUCGCGACUAUCAUCACCCCGAACCCAUGCGUCAAGCUGCUAUUCCGCCGCCUGCAUAUGCUGCAGCCGCCGUGACAACGGGAACUGCCACAAGCACCGUCCCAGGCGCGGUAUGCGACCCGCUGAUUCAUGUUCCGUCCUCGCUCCACUACGAAGUCGUGACGGCAGCCACACCGCAAAAUGCCAGCUUUCCUUUCUAUUCACCGAUGGACCCAACUGCCGCAGAGGAGUUCGAAUCACGGAUUACCCCAGGGCCGUCUCCGUACGAUACCAUUGCCGUCCCGUCGUCUUACUCGGACACUGAGCUCACCUUUGGGCGACGCCUGCAGCGUCAAUCAUUAGAGGGGGGGCUGCGUCUCAUUACGAUGCCAAGUCCGCCACCGGAAAAGUUCGCUUCGGUAUUCGGCUUCUGUCUGUUCUUCGAGUCAAAGGAGAAUAUAAUCAGGCGCCUGCAGCUUUCGUUGAGUCGCAGCCAGCAUGAGGACCUGAGCAACUGGUCGAGCCCUUUCACCAAUCUCGGCGGUGCUGGUACUUUUUUCCAGGACCAUGCCUCUACCAAUGGUCGUCUCAGUGGCAACACGGGAGCCCUGCCGCUCGGGAAUCAGGGAAUUGUGUCAUAUGGCAAGCCGCAGGAGAUGACAGGCAUGUCCAUGGGCCCCUGGGGGCCAGAAGUGCAGGCUACGAGGGACUCACGAAUCGACUACGGCGCCGAUGGAAGGAUGCAGAUGAUGCUGGCUGGGUUUGAGGGCGACUUUUUCGACCCCGACGAGGUGGAAACAUAUCUGCGACAGAUAGGCAUCUAUAUCCCCCAGCGAGCUGAAUUCGUGGAAGCAGAGGUCGACCUGCAAGACCUCGGCAUGGACGAGGCCAUGCCGAAAUCCAAGAUCUUUGAUUUGAACGGUCAGCAGUCAACCUUUGGAAGCGCUGAUUCCGGUUACGGCGGUAGCAGCCACAGCGCUGUGUGGACGACCAACAGCAACGGGUCUGUUUCGGGGGCCAUGGACUCGUCGUGUUCGUCAAACCAUCACACGAUGAUGGCAUCUCAUAUGACGAGCGGGCGAGAAGGAAGCGGGUUUGGCAGCGCAUCGAGCGGAGGAGAGCGCGAUCACGGCAUGAUGUUGAUGAUACCUGGUGGACAGAACCACAUGUGGCCGCAAUCGCGCUCCCCGACGUGGCCUGCCAAGAUUAGCAUUUCUUUGAACGUGAACUGGUUAAUUUCAGAACUGGCCAAGAGCUCGGUUUGCUUGGGAAGAACUCCUGGUGUUCGCAGGAAAGACAUUGGCAAUGCCCUCAAGAUUGCCGCGGGUCUCGUGCCCUCACCUGCAUGA